AUGCUCAAGCUUGCAAAGGCCUACAAGGGUUAUAAAAUAGAUUUGCCUGCCUUUCUCGACUUCAGGGGGAGAAUCUACCGCUGCGGGCUCCUGCAUUUCCACGAGUGUGAUCUCUCAAGAAGUCUUAUUAACUUUGCGUUUAGCAAUCCUGAAAUGCCCGCAAACUCGGAUGAGGUUAUAGAGGCCCUUUUAUACCACUAUAAGUCUUACCCCAGCCUGGAGGAAGCUGGAAUAUCCUUCAACGAAAGUCUGCGAGAGGCAGAAAUACAGGGUCGGGUUGAUUCUAUUCUACUUGGUCGAGAGGCGCGGCACCCCUUUCAGUUCAUUGCCGCGCAAAAGGCGCUGGUAAAAAAGAAAAUAGAGGGGUUCCCAGUUACCAAAGACGCAUCCGCGAGUGCUUUCCCGAUUAUGAGCUACUUUUUGUUGGAUGAAGAUAUGGCGAAGAGCACGAAUCUCUUGCCUUCCAAAGAUAAGAAAAUCCAAGAUAUUUAUACGAAUAUCCUCUCCGAAGUCAAAGAGUACAUUGUAAGAGAACUUGGUAAUAAUAGUCUAUCACUAAUAGUGGUGCGGAAGAUGGUGAAAAGUAUUUUCAUGCCAAUGAUUUAUGGAAAAACACUCAUGAGCACAAGCUCCGAUAUACAUAAAAGUUUGUCGCAGCACAUCAAUUUUAAGGAUAGUCACAUACUAGCCUCACUUUGGUUUAAGUUCUGGAAGGAGAAAUACAAAGGCUUGGACAGCCUAACCAGCUUGAUCAAGAAUAUUGGGUGGUUCGCCGCCGCUAAGGGUGUACCUGUUUAUUAUGAUGUGCCCCACUUUCGUACAUCACAAGGUUAUAUGAAGAGUGAUGUCGUCAAAAUCACAGUUUAUGAUCGCAAUCAUAAAAGGAGACAAAUAAGUCUCAGAGUUCAUACCGAUAAUAAAGAUCGUAGGAAGACAGAGGUCUCAACCUUUGUCAACUUCAUCCAUCAGAAGGAUGCCUAUAUUGCGAUGGAAUAG